CUCGCCCGCGACGCGGACCUGGGCCAUCGCCCCGCACCUCCUCCCUUCUCUCCUGCCCAUCGCACUCUCUCCCCACCCUGGGCCUCAGGGCAGGUCGACAGCCUGGGACACUUCACCGCAUUCCCAGGCCGGGGAGACCAAGUCCUAGCGCCGCGAUCCUCUGUGAUCCCGCAGCCGCUCAGCGGACCUGCCAUUCUUCCCUGCAUCAUCGGGCACCUGGGAGGCACUCUACGCUGACUCUCAGAGCCUGGCAGAUCCUUCUGAGUCCCUGGCUGCUUGAACAGAGUUUCUUCCGGGCUCCUGCCUGAACGCCACAACCAAGGGUUUUAUAUACAGCCCAGACAAGGUCCCCUGGCCAGGAUGUCAGGCCUGGUGUUGGGACAGCGGGAUGAGUCUGCAGGGCACCGGCUCAGCCAGGAGGAGAUCCUGGGGAGCACCCGUUUGGUGAGCCAAGGGCUGGAGGCUCUACACAGUGAGCACCAGGCAGUGCUGCAAAGCCUCUCGCAUACCAUCGAGUGUCUGCAGCAGGGAGGCCAUGAAGAAGGGCUGGUGCACGAGAAGGCCCGGCAGCUGCGCCGAUCCAUGGAAAACAUCGAGCUGGGGCUGAGUGAGGCCCAGGUGAUGCUGGCCCUGGCCAACCACCUGAGCACAGUGGAGUCAGAGAAACAGAAGCUGCGGGCUCAGGUCCGGCGGCUGUGUCAGGAGAACCAGUGGCUCCGGGACGAGCUGGCGGGUACCCAGCAGCGACUCCAGCGCAGCGAACAAGCCGUGGCUCAGCUGGAGGAGGAAAAGAAGCACCUAGAGUUCCUGGGACAGCUGCGACAGUAUGACGAAGAUGGGCACACUGCGGAGGAGAAGGAAGGCGAUGCCUCCAAGGAUUCCCUGGAUGACCUCUUCCGAAAUGAGGAGGAAGAGGACCCCAGCAAUGGCUUGGCCCGUGGCCAGGGCGCCCAGCAUAACGGCUAUGAGAUCCCAGCGAGGCUGCGGACACUGCACAAUCUGGUGAUCCAGUAUGCCGCCCAGGGCCGCUAUGAGGUAGCCGUGCCACUCUGCAAGCAGGCACUGGAGGACCUGGAGCGCACGUCCGGCCGAGGCCACCCCGACGUGGCCACCAUGCUCAACAUCCUGGCUUUGGUGUAUCGGGACCAGAAUAAGUAUAAGGAAGCUGCCCAUCUGCUGAAUGAUGCCCUCAGCAUUCGAGAGAGCACCCUGGGUCGGGACCACCCUGCUGUGGCCGCCACACUCAACAAUCUGGCUGUGCUCUAUGGUAAGAGAGGCAAAUACAAGGAGGCAGAGCCACUGUGCCAGCGGGCCCUGGAGAUUCGAGAAAAGGUCCUGGGCACUGACCACCCAGAUGUGGCAAAGCAACUGAACAACCUGGCCCUGUUGUGCCAAAACCAGGGCAAGUAUGAGGCUGUGGAACGCUAUUACCGGCGGGCAUUGGCCAUCUAUGAGGGGCAGCUGGGGCCUGACAACCCUAACGUAGCCCGGACCAAGAACAACCUGGCUUCCUGUUACCUGAAACAGGGCAAAUAUGCUGAGGCUGAGACGCUCUAUAAAGAGAUCCUGACCCGUGCCCACUUGCAGGAGUUUGGCUCUGUGGAUGACAACCACAAGCCCAUCUGGAUGCAUGCAGAGGAGCGGGAGGCAAUGAGCAAAAGCCCACACCGGGAGGGCGGCACACCCUACGCUGAGUAUGGAGGCUGGUACAAGGCCUGCAAAGUGAGUAGCCCCACCGUGAACACGACUCUGAGGAACCUUGGAGCUCUGUACAGGUGCCAAGGAAAGCUGGAAGCAGCUGAGACCCUGGAGGAGUGUGCCCUGCGCUCCUGGAAGCAGGGCACUGACCCGAUCAGCCAGACCAAGGUGGCUGAGCUGCUUGGGGAGGGUGACAGUGGAAGGACCUCCCAGGAGGGCUUUGGGGGCAGCGUGAAAUUCGAGGGAGGUGAAGAUGCCUCAGUGGCUGUGGAGUGGUCAGGGGAUGGCAGUGGGGCCCUGCAGAGGAGCGGCUCUCUGGGCAAGAUCCGAGAUGUUCUCCGUAGAAGCAGUGAGCUCCUGGUGAGGAAGCUCCAGGGGACCGAGCCCCGGCCCUCCAGCAGCAACAUGAAGCGGGCAGCCUCCUUGAACUAUCUGAACCAACCCAAUGCAACGCCCCUCCAGGUGAGAGCAGUGCUUGUGGGCACAGUGGUAGGUGAGAAAGAAAGGACAAGCCAGGGAGUCCCCAUCAGCAGAAAUGAAUCUGACUAGUAUCCACGAGGACGCAGGCUUGAUCCCUGGCCUCCUUCCGUGGGCUAAGGAUCCGGUGUUGCUGUGAGCUGUGGUGUAGCUCUCAGAUGCAGCUCGGAUCUGGCCUUGCUGUGGCUGUGGUGUAGGCCAUCAGCUACAGCUCUGAUUCAACCCCUAGCCUGGAAAUUUCCAUAGGCCAAGGGUGCAGCCCCCCACAAAAAAGGACAAGCCAGGAAGAGGGGAGAGUUACUGGGAUGAAGACUCUGCCAGGGACUUGGAGUUGGGCAGACAGCUUGUUGGGGGUGGUGAUCACCAAGGGACAGUUUGGGGCCAGAGAUAGUAGCACAUAAAUUAAUCAGGAGGAAAGCAGGAAUUGAUGUUCUCUAAAUGGGUACUUUGGAAUUAUGAAUUAUUCAAGAAUGAUUUGGGAAUACUAAUUGCUCUCUCCUUACAGCCACCACAUUCCUCACCUUGGGGAAUCUGUAGGAGCUGAGAAGAGAAAAAGAAAAAAAAAGUAUUAACUCAUCUCCUUUUGAGAAAACAGCAAUGACAUUUUAAUGGGAAAGGACCACUUGUAGCAACACAUUGAAAGCGUAUGCCAGGAGUUCCUGUUCCCGCUGUGGUGCAACAGAAAUGAACCCUGGUAUCCAUGAGCAUGUGGGUUUGAUCCCUGGCCUCGCUCAGUGGGUUAAGGAUCCGGUAUUGCCGUGAGCUGUGGUGCAGUUCGCUGAUGGGGCUCGGAUCCUGUGUUGCUGUGGCUGUGGCUGUGGUGUAGGCCAGCAGCUGCAGCUCUGAUUGGACCCCUAGCCUGGGAACCUAUAUAUGCCGAAGGUACACCCCUAAAAAGGGCAAAAAAAAAAAAAGUUGAAGUAUAUGCUGAUAUUCACAUGGUUCUUCCAGGUAUUUUCUCCACCAGAUGGUGGCCUUCUGGGAAGUCCUAACAAGGGGUCAACAAAGCCCCAGAGCUUGGGGUUGAGGUUACAGGUUCCAUCCUAGGUCCAGAGAGAAGCUGCAGCCAUGAGAUGGAGAGACUCCAGGGGCCAGUCUUUGGGAGGCUGAGGUCCCUGAGCUGAUGGCACGGGGUUGUCUG